UUACGAAUGAGGUGACAAAGUUUCGUAAAAAUUAGGAUACUUUUAUGUAAAAAAUUGUAAAUAAAUAAUUUUAAAUUUAAUAACAGAGUAAUGAGUAUUGUUUGAAUUGAUUAAUAAGAAGCAAAUAAAAACGCCACUAUGGAUUAUGUUUAUAAUGAUAUGAAUUUAUAUAUUACAAAUGAAAAAUUUUAUAUUCAACCAAAUGGAAAGUCUGAAGCUCUAGUUAUUGACAGACAAACACCUGAAGUCAAAGUUCAGAAAGAAUGUGAUCUUAAGCCCCUUUUAGCUGCAAAAAGGGUAUGUGGAGUUUUAGGAACUAUAAAAUUAAUAAGCGGGCGUUAUUUGAUUGUGGCUACCCACAGAAUAUUUGUUGGAUUAAUUAAUGGUCAAGUAAUAUGGCGUUUGGCCGGUUACGACAUUAUCCCAUACAUUCCCACUACUAUGCAUCUUACGCAACAACAAAAAUUACAGAACGAAAAAUACUUUGAAAUGUUGAAAAAAGUUUUGGAUACUCCAUUUCUGUAUUUUUCUUAUUCCUAUGAUCUAACGCAUACGUUACAGAGAUUGCAUUCUAUUCCUCCUGAUUUGUUUAUGAGUGGAUUAUUAGAUUCGGCUGAUCAUAGGUUUGUUUGGAAUAACUAUCUCUUGAGAAAUUUCAAUUGUUCUGAAAUGAAAGCUUUUGCCUUACCAAUAGUGUUAGGAUUUAUAUCAAUUAAUCAAGCAAAUGUCAAUGGAUAUCCUUUUCAAUGGAUUAUAAUUUCGCGGAGAUCAAAUGAAAGAGCAGGCACUAGACUUUUUUGCCGUGGUUGCAACGAUGAGGGACAAUGCGCAAAUUAUGUUGAAACUGAACAAAUAAUUGAAUUUGCUGGACAGAAAAUAUCAUUUGUUCAAACAAGAGGUAGUAUACCUCUCUUUUGGAGGCAAACUCCCAAUUUGAAAUUAAAACCACCACCAGAAAUUAUUGCUGGCAAAGAUCAUUUAAGCGCAUUCACCAAACAUUUCGAUGCACAAAUAAUGCUUUACGGGAGACAAGUAUUAGUUAACUUAAUUGAUCAGAAAGGCCGUGAAGCCGCACUUGAAAAAGCAUACAAAAAUUUAGUAGAACUACUGGGAAGUGAUUCGAUUCGAUAUGAAGCGUUUGAUUUUCAUGCAGAAUGCAAAAAAAUGAGAUGGGAUAGACUUAACAUUCUGAUUGAUCGCCUGGCACAUGAACAGAACGAGUUUGGUUACUUUCAUUUAGGCUCAGAUGGUCAACUUUAUUCGUCCCAAGAUGGAGUAUUUCGAGUUAACUGUAUUGAUUGUUUGGACAGAACAAAUGUUGUUCAAAGUAUGCUUGCUCGACGGUCGUUAAACAUCGUGUUGAAGAAAUUAGGGGUCCUCCAAUACGAACAGAAUUUUGAAAAUGUGUCACCAGCAUUUGAAGUUCUUUUUAAAGCAGUAUGGGCUGAUAAUGCUGAUUUGAUUUCAGUUCAAUAUUCUGGGACAGGUGCAUUGAAAACAGAUUUUACAAGAACUGGAAAAAGAACUAAAGCUGGUCUUAUUAAAGAUGGAACAAAUUCUUUAACGCGUUACGUUUUAAAUAACUUUUAUGACGGCUUUAGACAAGAUGCUUUGGAUCUGUUCUUAGGAAAUUAUAUGAUUAGAGAUAAUGAGGGAACGCUUAUUCCAUCACCUUUAAUUGCUCCAAAAGGAUGGCGUUAUGGAACUUUCCCAUCUGUACUUAUGUUUGCUUUAGCAAUGUUCUUUGCAUCUGCAAUAUUCCCGAAAGAAUAUAAAACAGAAAAUUUAUUAUUCUUAAUGUUUUGGGGUGCAAUGAUUGGUGUAUCUACAACUGGAAUUAUGAAAUAUGGCACAGAAUUCGUUAAUUGGCCGAAACUACAACCUUUAUCUUCCAAAAUGGAUGCCUGACACAGAAUGUAUAAUUAAAAUUCAAUUUAUUAUUUUGAUGUAAUAGCGCUUUUUGAUUCUUACAAUAAUUAAAUUUUGCUUGGUCGAAUCAGAUUAUAUUUGAUAAAAAAACUGUAAUCUUUAAAAAUUUUAUUUAAAAUUAAAAUUUUUUAAUGAUUUGAAUUAAGUGAUGGUAUAGGAAUAUUUAAAUACAUAAUAAAUUAUAAUAUAAUAUGUAGUAUAAAAUAACUUAACUAUUAAAAUAUUAUGCCUUACGUUUAUUAAUCAGUAGACAUCUUUAUAAAAAUUUUAACAUACUGAACUUAUUACAAAUUCCUUCUUGCAGUACUCAGCUUAGCCACAAUAGUAAAACAAUGUUCCAAUUAAAAAUAAAAAAAUUAUCGUAAAAUAUUUAAUAAAUUACAAAUACAUAAUAUUAAAUCAUAAAAAAAUGUUAAUAAAUUUUAAAAAAAUUCAUUUUUGUUUUUUAAAUAAAGAAAAGUUAAGUUGUGUUUUUACACGCAAAAAAUAU